AGCCGGCUCGGAAUUUCUCUUCCUCUUUCUCUGGCACUCGAUUCCGUCUCCUCCUUUUCUUGAGGAGGACAAAACUCAAGUGGACGCCCUUCAAACAUUUCCAUUCCCAUCUACCCCGCUUCCUCUCCGCGUCCCCGCCCUCAUCCGAUCCCAUGUUGAAACCCUAACCCUCACUUUGACCCUGCUCCCCUCCUCUUCUCGGGCCUAUUUCCGGCUCACCCAGCCGCUUCUCGAACCCUAAUCUCGCCGGAGGCCCGGUUACCGACGGAUCUCUCCGCCCCUUCUUCGCGUUCCGUGGUUUUGUUCGGCGAUCGAACCCUAAUCUCCAUCUAUCCUCGCGUGUUUGCCGAAUUCUAGCUUUUGUUUUCCUGAUUUGCCAUCUCGGAUUCCUCCUUCUUGGAAGGAGGUGGCAGGGCUUUCCGAGCUCACGUGGUGGUUGAUUUGCUUCGAAGCCCCAAUUCGUCUGGAAAGCCCGAACAUCGGAGGUGAGCUUCCGAUAUUCAUCCCCUCUUUUCUCAUCAAGAACCCUAAUAACCGCAAGUCGGACCUUCGUUCUUGGAUUCCUGACGUUUUUCCGAGCUGCCUAGAUCUUGUACGAAGUCUUAUAUAGCGAAAACCGUAACAUCCGAGGUAUAUAAUUAGGCCCUAGUUUUCAUGGAGGGAUCUUCGGGCGAUGGCGCUGCUGCUUCCGUGCCCCUGGUAAAGUGGAAAAACGAUUUCUCCAGGGCAUUUCAGUUUUAUCUGGACAGGUCUACUCCCCAUACGGUCGGGAGAUGGCUGGGAACGCUGGGGGUUGCUGCGAUCUACUGUCUCCGUGUUUAUUAUGUUCAGGGGUUUUAUAUUGUCACGUACGGGCUUGGGAUCUAUUUGCUGAAUCUCCUGAUUGGGUUUCUGUCCCCGAUUGUGGAUCCAGAGCUGGAAGUUUCUGAUGGGCCUGCCCUUCCGACGAGGGGUUCGGAUGAGUUCAAACCGUUCAUUCGCCGCCUUCCUGAGUUCAAAUUCUGGUAUUCCAUAACGAAAGCCUUCUGUGUGGCUUUUGUGAUGACUUUCUUCUCUGUAUUUGAUGUUCCUGUAUUUUGGCCCAUUCUUCUAUGCUAUUGGAUAGUUCUUUUUGUCCUGACAAUGAAGCGGCAAAUUCUGCACAUGAUCAAGUACAAAUAUGUGCCGUUCAACAUAGGAAAGCAGAGAUAUGGUGGGAAGAAGACUCCUGCAAGCAGCGGUCUGUCGAAGGACUGAUCUUCACCAUACUCAUGAGCAGUAGAAGGGCAAGGGGGGUAGUCACGUAUUUGAUAUGUCAACUGCUUAAGUUGAAUAUACUUAUUUUUUGCUCUGUAAUUUGGAGAACAAUAGUUCAGUAGCAUAUUCUUUUUGCUAGCCUGUGGAGGUGUUUAAUUUGUCCUGGAUUACAUCUUUUCAUGCUUAUACAUUGUGAUUCUCUUCUCUUCAAUUGAAUCAGGUGCUUCCAUUGUUGUAUUAAUAAGCUUUUAAGAUAUGUAAGGUUCUUUUUUCCCCAAAA